AUGAACGAGCCAAAUGCUCACUCCACGCUCAUGCAUGUCGCGGCCGCAUCCUACAAUAAUAAUGCUAGAAUUCAGUUCGAAGCUUUUCAAGAUCAAAGGAACAGUGUGGCAAGUAUAUUACGGUCAAAUACCCGUGAGAUGGAAGUUGCAUAUCGCAUUCGGUUGACAGUCUCAUUGAAUCUGACUUGGUUUCUCUUAAGCAAGGAUUAUCUUUUCGUGGACAUGAUGAGUCAAGCAGUUCUUCAAGUAGAGUUGCAAAGUUUUAGAGAGGAUGGAUGGGAAGACAUACAUGAUCAAGCAACAAAGCUUUGUGAAUUGCAUAAUAUUUCACAAGUUGAUAGGGAUGAAAUCAUACCACACCGUGGUUAUAAGAAGUAUGGAGCAGAGUUGAUCACGAAUAUGCAUCAUUAUCGUGCAGAGAUUUUUAAUCAGGGUGUUGAUUUAACUAUACAAGAGAUGGAUAAUCGAUUUUCUAAAGCUAGCACUGAGUUGCUAGGAUGCAUAUCAUGUCUUGAUCCAAGAAAUUAUUUCUCUCAAUUCAAUGAUGAUCAAUUUGCUGCCUUAUGCAACUUAGGAGACGUUGCUACGAAAAUGGUCAAAAGUGGUAAGCAUUUGGUUUUUCUGUUGGUUUAUCGGAUUAUUGAGUUGGCAUUGGUUUUACCUGUUGCUACUGCUUCUGUUGAGAGAGCAUUUUCUGCAAUGAAGACUAUCAAGACUGACUUGCGAAAUCGGAUGGGAGAUGAGUGA